UUCAAUUCACCCAUGGACUUCAAGCCCCCCACAGCCCCCCACGCAGUGGCACACCCAGUGUUUGCCUGCCUCUCGUUGAAUCGCAGUGAUCGCAUUCGGCUGAUCCACUUCCCCCCCGAGGCCGUACAAUGGGUUAAAGGCGCGAUUCUUGAAAGCAAGUGGUCGGGAGGCAUCCAAUCCACUCAAGUAUACGCUGGCAACAGCUACGAAUUCAAAUUGAGCGGCUAUCCAUGGGAUGGCAAUGGCAGUGACGCGACCACGUCUCGUCGAUUGAUGCUGUGCAUUCUGCGAACACUCAAGAUGCACGGGUUCCACCUCGUGACCGCCACGGACAUGUCCUGGUCAGAAUACGACAAGGACACGCUUAUCUUCCGACUCUUGGAGCCGUCAUCCGUUCCCCCAAACAUGUUUUCCAUCUCUCUCAACACGAGCGACAAACUUCGACUCAUUGACGCGCCUCCAGAGCUGGACGUCGUGGUGAGCGAGUGCAUUACCAAGCACUGGUACGAAGGCUUGCAGCGCGUGCAGCCGUAUGGUCCUGGCUGUACCGAAUUCAAGCUCCGCGGGUAUCCUUGGAGUGGCGAAUCGAGCGAUGCCGUGCGCGCUCGUUUGUUUGUGAUGAACUUGUUGUCGAUAUUGGAGGCUAACGGAUGGCGAUUGUACGCGUCAAUUGACAUGAGCACCGGCGACGCUGACAAGGAUUCGUGGUUCUUUGAAGCCAUCGCUAGCCCUUAAGGUCCCGCGUUGUUGUAGAAACAGUCAAUGACGACUUCAUUUCCGACUUAGUAUUUGAUGGAGUGUGGCCCGAACGUGUGCUA